AUGCACCAUCCGGACUAUCAGAACAGUAAACGGUUAAAUCUGGAUACAAAAAUCCACGAGUCGAAAGGCUCGUUUUGCAUCGAUGCGCUUCUGUCGCGAAACGAAGAACGGGCUCCCAGUCCGGAAAUGACUCGCAGCACCUCCUCCACCUCCACAAGGAGUCGGAGUCCUCCGAUUUCGCCGGGUUGUGAGGAGGUUUCCACCACCGCUUUCGUCCCCAGGCCCGGACUCCUCAACCAAGCCAGCUACCUGAACUCAAACGCCCUGUAUGCGUAUCCAGGACCUCCUCAAAACUCAGCGUUUCAGUCUCUGGAUGGAGGCCUCAUGCAGAAAGUGCACAUUCCCAUGAACCCGCACAGCCAGUUCCACCAGAUCCAGAUGGAAUGGCUUGCCAGAACCGGCAUGUUCUAUCCCAGAUUGCAGGAUUUAACAGUUUUUUGGUCAUUUCAGGUCACUCCUAUAUCGGCCCGAUUGGUGACGAUUAGGGGCAAAACCCUCGUAUCCGAAUGGAGGCCGCCGACCGAGAAAAACAUCAUCAUCGUGGCCUGCAACGAGUCCCAACUGGUUGUGUCCACUGGAAAUCAGGUCUACUACUUGGAGAUUCACUCGAACGAAUUAAUUUUGAAAGGGGAAACGACGCUCGAUGUGGAAGUGUCCUGUCUGGACAUCAGCCCAUUGGCAGAUUCUUCCGUAGCCGACAUUGUUGCCGUCGGUCUGUGGACCGACAACUCUGCGCGCAUCCUGCACCUGCCCACUCUGCAAGAAGCCUACAAAGAGCUGCUUGGAGGCGAUAUAAUGCCUCGCUCUAUUCUCAUGGCCACGUUCGAGGGACACGACUAUCUUCUAUGUGCGCUGGGCGACGGCUCCAUGUACUACUUUUUGCUGCAUAGGGAAUCAGGCGUUUUGCGCGAUAAGAAGAAAGUGACUUUAGGCACGCAACCCACUGUUCUGCGGACGUUCAGAUCGCUGAACUCGACCAAUGUGUUCGCGUGCUCCGAUAGGCCCACCGUUAUCUACUCCUCCAAUCACAAGCUGGUGUUCUCCAACGUCAACUUAAAGGAAGUGAAUCAAAUGUGCUCGUUGAAUUCCGAAGCAUAUCCCGACAGUCUAGCUCUGGCCACGGCCACCUCAGUAACUAUAGGAACUAUUGAUGAAAUCCAAAAACUGCAUAUCCGAACGAUUCCGCUGCAGGAAUCGCCCCGCAGAAUUGCCUAUCAGGAAAGCACCCAGGUUUUUGGUGUGAUCACCUGCCGGAUAGACAUCCAAGAUUCCACAGGCCUGAGCCCGGUCAGACAGAGCGCCUCCACGAUGACGCAAGCUGUAACUGUGUCUAGCAACGCGUCUGGAUCUGCUGUGAACAAAUCCGGAGGAUCGAGUUCGGUUGUUGCGGGAGCGGCCGCUGAGUAUGGACAAGAGGUGGAAAUCCACAACUUGCUCAUCAUCGACCAAAACACCUUCGAAGUAUUAGCGGCGCAUCAGUUUAUGCCGCAGGAAUACGCCAUGUCGCUGAUCUCCUGCCAGCUUAGCCACGAUCCAGCUACUUAUUUUAUUGUGGGUGAGUUCGAGUUGGCUCUAACCAGUUUGUGAAAGAAUAUCGAUGUU